GCUGGGUCUGGUAUGGCGGCCGUGGUUAGGGCGAUGAGCUGAGCUCUCGGUGAUUCAGUGUUCUUGCUGCUGAUUUUAACCGUUGUACUGCAGCGGCCUCAUGGCGGAGAGAGGCUUCGAUCUGUCAGCCCUCCCUAAGGAGGUGAGGGAGCAGUUGGCGGAGCUUGAGCUCGAACUGUCAGAAGGUGACAUCACACAAAAGGGAUAUGAAAAGAAAAGAGCAAAGCUCCUGGCUCCCUAUAUUCCACAAACUCAAGGUGUUGACCCAGCACUACAGAAGGAUCAUCGAAACCAAACUGCAUCGCCAGCAGCUCCAGCACAGUCCUCCUCUAAGUACCACAGGGCCAGAUCUGGAGGUGCCAGAGAUGAACGCUAUAGAUCAGAUAUACAUACAGAAGCAGUGCAAGCUGCUUUGGCUAAACAUAAAGAACAGAAAAUGGCUUUACCAAUGCCAACUAAAAGGCGAUCAACGUUUGUGCAGUCUCCAGCCGAUGCGUGUACACCUCCUGAUACAUCAUCUGCAUCCGAGGAUGAAGGUUCCCUGAGACGUCAGGCUGCCCUAUCUGCAGUCCUGACCCAGAGUUUACAGAAUGCAGAGUCAUGGAUUAACAGGUCUGUUCAGGGUUCCUCCACCUCUUCUUCCGCCUCUUCCACUUUGUCACAUGGAGAAGUGAAGAGCACCACCAGUGGGUCUUUAGUUGAUGUGCUAGCUAAUACUCAUAUAGAUAGUUUCUCAGCUCCCCCUGAUGUCACUACCACCACCACCACCACAUCAUCGUCCUCAUCCUCGUCCUUGUCCUCUACACGCCCAACAAACAUAGACUUACCCCCCGCUGGUCUGGUUAAAGGGAUGCACAAAACAGCUAGACGGUCUAGUUUGAUGGACACUGCAGACGGUGUUGCUGUGAAUAGUCGAGUUUCCACAAAAAUUCAGCAGUUACUUAACACCCUCAAGCGACCAAAAAGACCACCAUUAAAAGAAUUCUUUGUGGAUGAUUUUGAAGAGAUUGUGGAAGUCCCUCGACCAGAUCCAAACCAACCAAAGCCAGAAGGACGCCAAAUGACCCCCGUGAAGGGAGAGCCCUUGGGUGUUGUUUGUAACUGGCCUCCAUCCAUUGAAGCAGCUCUUCAGCGCUGGGGAACGACACAAGCUAAAUGUUCUUGCCUCACUGCACUUGAUGUCACCGGAAAACCUAUUUAUACUUUAACUUAUGGCAAACUGUGGACAAGAAGCGUUAGGCUUGCUUAUACCCUGCUCAACAAACUGGGAACCAAAAAUGAACAAGUUCUUAAACCAGGUGACAGGGUUGCUUUGGUGUACCCCAAUAAUGACCCUGUCAUGUUCAUGGUUGCUUUUUAUGGAUGUCUCCUUGCAGAAGUGAUCCCAGUGCCGAUUGAGGUACCUCUUACUAGAAAGGAUGCUGGAGGGCAUCAGAUUGGUUUUCUGCUGGGAAGCUGUGGUGUGAAGCUUGCACUUACUACUGAGGUUUGCUUGAAAGGGCUGCCAAAAACACAGAAUGGGGAAAUUGUACAAUUUAAAGGAUGGCCAAAACUCAAAUGGGUUGUAACGGACUCAAGAUACCUUUCCAAGGCCCCAAAGGAUUGGCAACCGCAUAUUUCAGCAGCUGGCACAGAACCUGCAUACAUUGAGUACAAGACAAGUAAGGAAGGCAGUGUCAUGGGUGUGACCGUUUCUCGGAUAGCAAUGCUUUCACAUUGUCAAGCCCUGUCGCAGGCUUGCAACUAUACAGAAGGAGAAACUAUUGUAAAUGUCCUCGAUUUUAAGAGAGACGCCGGUCUAUGGCAUGGAAUACUCACGAGUGUAGUAAAUAAAAUGCACACUUUCAGUGUGCCGUACUCGGUGAUGAAAGCCUGCCCGUUGUCGUGGGUUCAGAGAGUACAUGCUAAUAAAGCCAGAGUUGCUGUUUUGAAAUGUCGGGACUUGCACUGGGCAAUGAUUGCACACAGAGAUCAAAAGGAUAUAAGUUUAGCCUCACUACGAAUGCUUAUUGUGACAGAUGGAGCCAAUCCAUGGUCUGUAUCUUCAUGUGAUGCUUUCCUGAAUUUAUUUCAAAAUUAUGGGCUUAAGCCUGAAGCAAUUUGCCCUUGUGCCACAUCUCUAGAAGCCAUGACUGUAGCAAUUCGAAGACCUGGAAUACCAGGAGCACCUCUUCCAGGUCGUGCUAUUCUGUCUAUGAAUGGGUUAAGCUUUGGUGUUAUCCGGGUGAAUACUGAAGACAAGAACUCGGCGCUCACAGUGCAAGAUGUGGGGCACGUUAUGCCUGGAGGUGUGAUGUGUAUUGUGAAAACAGAUGGUUUACCACAGCUAUGCAAAACAGAUGAGAUCGGAGAAAUAUGCGUGAGCUGCAGAGGUGGCGGUGUAGCAUAUUAUGGGUUAACUGGAGUGACAAAAAACACUUUUGAGGUCAUGCCAGUGAAUGCAUCUGGGGCUCCUGUUGGGGACACUCCUUUCACCAGAACUGGUUUAUUAGGAUUUGUAGGUCCUGGCAGUUUGGUAUUUGUCGUGGGAAAAAUGGAUGGGACAUUGGUUGUCAGUGGCAGACGACAUAAUGCUGAUGAUAUUGUGGCUACUGCUUUGGCUGUGGAAUCUGUAAAGACCUUGUAUAGAGGAAGAAUUGCUGUGUUUUCGAUAAAUGUGUUUUAUGACGAGAGAAUUGUGGUUGUGGCAGAGCAGCGCCCUGAUGCAUCAGAGGAAGAUUCAUUUCAGUGGAUGAGCCGCGUGCUGCAGGCCAUUGAUAGUAUUCACCAGGUUGGUGUUUACUGCCUUGCUCUCGUUCCUGCCAACAUCUUGCCAAAAACUCCCCUUGGUGGAAUCCAUUUAUCACAAACAAAACAGCAAUUCCUGGAAGGCAACUUGCACCCUUGUAACAUACUCAUGUGUCCACAUACAUGUGUAACAAACUUGCCAAAGCCAAGGCAAAAACAACCAGGAGUUGGCCCAGCCUCCGUCAUGGUUGGUAAUCUGGUCGCAGGCAAGAGAAUUGCUCAGGCGUCAGGAAGAGAUUUAGGGCAGAUUGAAGAAAAUGAUUUGGUGAAAAAGCACCAAUUUUUGACAGAGGUCUUGCAAUGGAGAGCUCAGACAACACCUGACCAUGUGCUCUUUAUUCUUCUGAAUGCCAAGGGAACAGCUGUUAACACGGCCUCCUGCUUGCAGCUCCACAAGAGAGCAGAGAGAAUAGCAGCUGCGUUAGGUGACAAGGGUCACCUUAAUGCUGGGGAUAAUGUGGUGCUUCUCUAUCCACCUGGAAUUGAGCUCAUUGCUGCAUUUUAUGGUUGUUUGUACGCUGGCUGUAUUCCUGUAACCGUGCGGCCUCCUCAUGCUCAAAACCUCACCGCCACCUUACCUACAGUGCGCAUGAUUGUAGAUGUUAGCAAAGCUUCUUGUAUUCUCACAACACAAACCUUAUUGAGAUUGCUGAAAUCCAAAGAAGCAGCCUCAGCUGUGGAAGUGAAAACGUGGCCUACAAUCAUUGAUACAGAUGAUUUGCCGAGGAAGCGGACGUAUCAGAUGUAUAAACCCCCAACGCCUGAGAUGCUAGCGUACCUCGAUUUCAGUGUUAGCACUACUGGCAUGCUCACUGGGUUAAGGUAUGUUUAUAACAGCACUUGUCGGGCCAUAAAACUGCAGUGUGAGCUGUACUCUUCUCGACAGAUAGCCAUUUGUCUAGAUCCAUACUGUGGACUUGGAUUUGUACUUUGGUGCCUUUGCAGUGUUUAUUCCGGUCACCAGUCGAUCUUAAUUCCUCCUAUGGAGUUGGAAUCCAAUUUAUGCUUGUGGCUGUCUGCAGUCAGCCAAUACAAAAUUAGGGACACUUUUUGUUCCUAUUCUGUAAUGGAAAUGUGCUCAAAGGGACUUGGAAGUCAGAUUGAGGUGCUGAAGACAAAAGGCAUUAACCUCUCCUACGUACGGACAUGUGUGGUAGUGGCUGAAGAGCGGCCAAGAGUUUCUCUUACAUACUCAUUUUCCAAACUUUUUAAAGAUUUGGGUCUAUCUCCUCGAGCUGUCAGUACCCACGUUUGAUCAAGAGUCAAUACUGCUAUAUGUUUACAGGGAACCUCAGGGCCAGAUCCUACAACAGUGUAUGUGGAUCUCAAAUCACUCCGGCAUGACAGGGUACGCUUGGUAGAGAGGGGAUCUCCUCAGAGUUUGCUGCUUUUGGAGUCUGGGAAGAUUUUACCUGGAGUCACAGUGAUUAUAGUUAAUCCAGAGACCAAAGGACCUUUAGGGGAUUCUCAUCUUGGAGAAAUAUGGGUGAACAGUCCGCACACAGCCAGUGGAUAUUACACAAUUUAUGACAGUGAGAGUCUGCAGGCUGACCAUUUCAACACCAGGCUCAGCUUUGGAGAUACAAACAGUCUUUGGGCCAGGACCGGAUACCUUGGCUUUGUCCGGAGAACAGAGUUGACAGAUGCUAGUGGAGAACGACACGAUGCAUUAUAUGUUGUUGGUGCGUUGGAUGAAACACUGGAGUUAAGGGGCCUGCGUUACCAUCCAAUAGACAUUGAGACUUCAGUCUCACGCACGCACAGGAGCAUUGCAGAAUGUGCUGUGUUCACCUGGACCAACUUGCUGGUGGUAGUGGUUGAACUGUGUGGUUCUGAGCAGGAAGCUUUGGACUUGGUUCCUCUGGUGACUAACGUAGUACUAGAGGAGCAUUAUUUGAUUGUGGGUGUAGUGGUGGUGGUGGAUCCAGGAGUUAUACCGAUCAAUUCUCGUGGAGAAAAACAACGGAUGCACCUGCGGGACAGCUUCUUAGCAGAUCAGUUGGAUCCCAUUUAUGUGGCAUAUAACAUGUAGAAGAAAAAGAGGAUAACAAAGUAUAACAACUAAAACCUACUGUUUAUACUUUAUUUGGACAAACUUGCCAUGAAUUUUCCAAUGCUCGAUCAUAAUUGGUUUGAAAUCUGUAUUAUCUUUUUAGAAAAACUAGUAGAUUAUGGUCUCCGCAUUGUUUUAUUAAAGGGAACACUGUGCUAAGUUAGUAUUAAAAGCAAAUCACUGGAUAUUAAUUGUAUCAUCAUUGCAGAAUUAAUAGUAAGUAAAAAAAAAAAGCAAGUUUUUUUCCAUUGGCGUUAAAUAUAGAAAAUAGUAUAUAUUUUCUAUUAUCCUUACUGAUUUUACAUUCUGCAAUGUGGAUUUAUUUAAUUGUAAAAUGAUUUUUUUCAUAGCCUUUAGGAUUCCAGCUAUAACUUUAUUAGUUUGUGUCAUGUUAACGUGUGGGGGGGAGACUGCUUUUUCAUAAAGGUGCCAUGAGUGUACUCAACAGGACUGCGGAGGUUGCACUGUAAUCCUCACUACCUGGAGAGAACUGAAAACAGAAAUUGGAAUAAGAAUUUAGAUUUCCAUUUAGAUUUGUCUUAAAUGUAAAAUAUUCUGCUUAUAUUUUAAAUAUGUAAAUAGUAAUAUAACAUGGACUUUUGACAUCGGCUUGUGGUAAAUAUGGAAUCGAUGUGGAUUUGUUCUAGGACUGCAAUUUGAGAAUAUUUUAGCAUUUUACAAGGUUUUCUGUGUAUAGGAAAUGAAAGUCUUAGAUUGUCCUAUACAAUGAAGAUGUAUUUUGUUGCCUACUAAUGUAUGUUAGAUAUAUGCUGAAUGUUUAGUAAAAUGGCAUCAUAAUAAGACUCACAAUGUACUCAGUGUGAUCAGCUGUAUAAAUAUAUUUCUCUGUGUCAUGGACUGAUAAACUGCUGGCAGUGUUUGGUAUUUCAUUUGUGAUUUCAACUGUUUGCAAGAGGACGCUGCAGCUAUCAUUACCUUUGUUAUUAGUUCAUUUUUCUGAUCUGUAUUGCAUUUAAAACUGCUAAAUAAGUUGUUCAAAAACCCAUUUCCCAGGGAUAAAGGGGUAUCUUUUUGAUCACACUGUUUGUACAUGGUGUAACAAUGUCUUUUAUUGGUGUCACUUUAAAAACUGUAAUAUUUGCAAUUGUCAGCAGGUUAAUACUAACUGUUCUCCUUGAUGCACUUUUUCAUUACUGCCUUCUAUUCCACUGCAGCUAGAAAGUGAAUUUCUCUGCAGGGGUUCAAUAAUCUUUUACCAGACCAUUAUUAUUAUUGAUAACCAGCAUUCUGCACAUCAUAGUUGUUGUCAAAUGCGUUUCCGUAGUUCUAGUAUUUCUUUUGCUGCCUCUCUUCCCAAUCAGACCAGUCUUUUAAAAAAAAAUGUAAUGUGCAAUUCAGAUAAUUGGAAACAAGUGUCACAGUAAUUGUGGAUAAUGUUACAGUGAUGCUUUCUGCAAGAGAACUGACUUUUAAACAGUAUUUGUAAGACUUGAACAGCUUAUUCAUAGUGCGCUUUUUAAAACCUUUGCAGAAAUAAUUGGUGUCUUUCAACUACCAAAAUAUAUGCAGUUUAUUUGACUCAGCAGAUACAGCUCAUAUCAAUUGCAUAAGAGCUUGUUCACUUGAAUUUCUCAUUUAAAUUAUUACCAAUGCAAUAUUAAAACACAAAUAGAUUAAGUGACGCACAUAGAAAAUGACAACUUGAAUGAUGUAAUAUGGUUAAUUCUGCAACAAUCUAAUACUGUUCGAUAAACAUUUAAACAAAUAUGGUAUAUCUAAAAUUGGCACACUGUUUCUGAGUAGAUAUUGGUAAGAAUAAGCAGCACAGUUUGUCUUACCAGUAGAAUUUAGAAAAAGAUUUAUUAUUUGUGUAUUUUUAGUAUUCCUAUAUUAUGACAGUUUUUGUGUUGUUUUGUUUUAUACCAAUGCAUUUAAGGUAAUGCUUAAUCCCUUAUAAAUAUAAACAACUGUAAAAAUGUAUUUUAACAAGUUUUAAAUAUUAUAACAAAGCUGUGAAAUAAGAUAUCAAUUUGAAAAGUAUUUUUUUCUUUUAUAUAGAAAACCUCUUUAGAACAAUGUUAGAAUCUACCAUAUUACAGUAGGAAGCUUCUUUUAUUUUGAGAUAAACAUGAUCAUUUCAGGAAUGGUUGCUCUGCACUUGAUACACACAGGGCCUGAGGAGGAUUGAAUCAGCCCUUCCAGCAAACAUAGAAUAACGGAAGAAGCUUCUGAACUUUCCCUUAUUCCUCUGAAGUAAAAGAAACAAAGAAGAAUAUUUGAAAAAAGAGUGACUUAAAUAGCUUUUUUUGCUCGCUCUCCUCGCUCUUUCUCUCCAUCUCCUCGCGCUUUCUCUCCAUCUCCUCGCGCUCUCUCUCCAUCUCCUCGCGCUCUCUCUCCAUCUCCUCGCGCUCUCUCGCUCCUCUCUCGCCCCUCUCGCCGCCCUCUCUCUCCUCUCUCGCCCCUUUCUCUCUCCUCUCUCGCCCCUUUCUCUCUCCUCUCUCGCCCCUUUCUCUCUCCUCUCUCGCCCCUUUCUCUCUCCUCUCUCGCCCCUUUCUCUCUCCUCUCUCGCCCCUUUCUCUCUCCUCUCUCGCCCCUUUCUCUCUCCUCUCUCGCCCCUUUCUCUCUCCUCUCUCGCCCCUUUCUCUCUCCUCUCUCGCCCCUUUCUCUCUCCUCUCUCGCCCCUUUCUCUCUCCUCUCUCGCCCUUUUCUCUCUCCUCUCUCGCCCUUUUCUCUCUCCUCUCUCGCCCUUUUCUCUCUCCUCUCUCGCCCUUUUCUCUCUCCUCUCUCGCCCUUUUCUCUCUCCUCUCUCGCCCUUUUCUCUCUCCACUCUCGCCCUUUUCUCUCUCCUCUCUCGCCCUUUUCUCUCUCUCCUCUCUCGCCCUUUUCUCUCUCUCCUCUCUCGCCCUUUUCUCUCUCUCCUCUCUCGCCCUUCUCUCUCUCUCCUCUCUCGCUCUCCAUACAUAUAUAUAUUUAUACAUAUAUAUAUAUAUAUACAUAUACAUACACAGUAUAUACAUUCAUACACACACACACACACACACACGUGUAUCUGGGUAAAAUUUUGCAAAUUUUUAAACUUAUGAGUGAACUUGCCUGAGGUUUUCAUUUCUUGUCCUGUGAUACUACUAUAUUGUUCCUUUUUUACACAGCUCACUAUUUUUCUACUCUACCUAGACAGCUGUAGAACACAUACAGGCCCAGACACUGAUGGCUGUGAUAUUAAUAGCUUUGCACAGUAUUGUGUACACCAUAGAAGGUAGAGGUUUUCUGUCUUACAAUAGCAGAAAUAAAGUAUAAUGAUAGACCUGCUCUGUAGUUGAUUAUUAUUCUGACCACGGGUUACCUCUACAUUAGUCUCUACAGUGAGCUGGCUGCUUAAAUUUACACUCAUUACACUGCUUCCUGACAAGUUGCCUUAGCUGUCUCAACUAGCUUGUCAGGGAACUAUGUACAGAGACUAAUUUGUUUCCAAGGAAUACUAAUCAACUACAGAGUAGGUCUGUCAGGGGCAGAACGACAGCUGUUGCUUUUAUUGUGUCCCUAUACUAUUCUUCUGCUUAUGUAAGAAAAAAAACUGUUUGCUGUGUGCUGCUAUAUACUGUCUACAGUUAGUACUAUUACAGCCAGGGAUGUCUAGGUGCUGGGUAUAGUGCUGUGCACAUGUUCUACAGCUGGCUAGUAAGUAUAGGAAAUAGUGAGCCUUGUGGGUAAGAAACAGUACAGUAGCACUACACCGUUUAUAGCAGUAAAUGAAAACACAGGCACAUUUUUAAUACAUGUAUACAGCAAAAAUAAUUAAAGGUAUAGGAAAGUCAGUUAAACUUGCAUGAUUCCAAUAGAUCAUAUAAUUUUAAGACACUUUUAAAUUUAGUUUUAUUUUCAAUUGUGCUUUGUUCUCUUGGUAGUCCCUUGUUGAAAAAGAAUAUGCACAUAUCCUACACAAGUGGGAACUGCUGCUAAUUGGUGCCUGCACACAUUUGUAUUUUGUGAUUGGAUGACUAGAUGUGUUUAUCUUGCUGCCAGUAGUGCAAUGCUGUUCCUUCAGCAAAGGAUAACAAAAGAACAAAGCAAAUUUGAUAGUGGAAGUAAAUUGGAAUUGUUAGAAUUGUUUAAAAUCGUUUAUUCUAUCCAAAUCAUGAAAGAAAAUUUUGGGGUUUGCUGUCCCUUUAAGUAAUUCCUUUUUCAAACAUUGUACUUUGUUUUCUAACUACAGCUUUACUUUAUCAAAUCUGUUGUGUCUGUUUUUUCUUAGUGUUGUAAUAGUGUAUUGGUUCUUUAUAGGGAGCACAGUAUCAUUUUAAAUUAAGGUGUUUUAACUUGAGUGUAUAAAAAUAUAACUAUUUUAAGAAACAAGUUUAAUCUUCGUUUUUUCAUCAAGUAAAUGUAACAAGUGUAUGGCUUCUCAGCAUACAGACUAAUGUAUUUCCUAAAAAAAUAAUUACAUGAAACAGUUUGCUGGGAAAAAAAACGGUCAGCUAUUGUUUGUGCUAUUAUGAGUAAGAGCAAUGUUGAGAAAUACUAUGAUUUACGUAUAAUUAGCAAACCCUGAUCAUUGAUAAUUGAACAAGCUAAACAUAUUUAUGUAUUAAUGCACAUUUGUGUUAUCAGGUGAGACUUAAUUUUCAUGUAGAUAUUUAAAGCUGAGCAGACAUUGAACACAUUAUUACUAAUAUCAAGCCUUUACCGAUUUUUUAUUUAAAGCUUGUAAGCUUAUAUAGACUGAAAUUAAUACUCAGAAUUAUUACACAUCCAUUACAAUUUAGCCAUAUUUAUGUGAAAUGCUCCGUGCAGAUUAGUCAUAGAACAGCUUUGUCCAACUUUUUCUGUGCACAUUAUAGGUUUCUAUAAGAAUAAAUUAAAGUUAAACUGUAGAUCACAUUUGUAUGACAGCACUGACACCCAUACUUCAAAAACUGUAAAGAAAAUUACAUUAAUAAGGAAUCUUACUUUUCUUUAUAUCUGACACUUGUAGUUUUUUUUCCUGUGUGUAAUUUUGUAUAAAGUGUUUUUUUUUAAUUUAUUUGAAAUUAGGUAACUUAACAAAUGUCUGCAAGUACCACAACAACUUGCUUCUUGUGUUAACUUUCCUUUUCAUGGAAACUGUUUUAGUUACAAAAUAUAUAUUUGGUUUAGUUAAGCAUUAUCUAUCAUACCUUUUUUAAUUAAUAAAUUCUGAUUCAGAAAUGGCUUCACAGGUUUUAAAAGCAAACUGCAGUCUUGCAAAAUACAUAUUUUAUGUUACUUCUUUUCUUAAAACAAAAAUCAACAUACAUUCCUUUGAAAUCAAUGUUGUUGUCAAAUGUAUUGUUUUAGGGAAAUGUUACCGGUUUGUUCACAAUAUGAUUUUGUUUAACAUCUUAAAAAUUAGGGCACAAUAACUGAUUAUUUUUAUAGUUACAAAAUGUAAUUGUAACUGGAACAACCCGUAGGAUGUUUUAACUUAAAUGUAACGCUUGUUUACACAUUAAAAAAAAAACUUGAACCUUUUCUAUAUUGUUAAUGUAUUUGCAGUACAGAUUUGCCACUUGAAACAUUUCCAUUACUGUUUGUUUUUGCAAAGUGGGGGUGACUAAAGCAAUUAUUGUUAAACUGUCUUUAUCAGAUCAUUUAUAUGUGAGUGUAAAACUAGUAUGUGCUUUAUUUCAUUAUUGUUCAUUCUAAGUAAAACAAAAAGAAAAAAGUAUACACAAGAAUGGUACACUA